AUGCCUGCCAUUAUGGACGACCCCGACGCGGCUACAAUCUACCGCGUUUCGGGGGCUCCGCCAUACCCCGACCCGCAGAACCCUUUGCUCCCGGCUAAUGUGGUGCCCCGUCACGUCACGCUGCGUGACCGCCAGACGGUGGCCACGGUCGUGCCGUUUGCCUCGCGCACGCAGGUGCCGCCGUCGCUACUGCUCUACCUCAGCGACCAGUUUCGCAAGGAGAUCGAGGGCGGCGAUACGUACCCGAUGAUCGACCCCAUGCCAUUUGAGAAGUUUGCCAGCUACUGGUUCCAGAACUUCGGCGCCAUCAUGCUGCUCGGCCACAUUGAUCGGUCCGAGGACGUGGUGGAGGGCCGCGACUGGAGCAAGGAGUGUCUGGGCAGCUUCUACAUCAAGCCCAAUUAUCCCGGCCGCAGCAGCCAUGUGUGCAAUGCCGGCUUCCUCGUCACCGAUGCGUCGCGCAACCGUGGUGUAGGCCGGCUGAUGGGCGAGUCGUACUUGGAAUGGGCCCCUAAGCUGGGCUACACCUACUCGGUCUUCAACCUGGUCUACGAGACCAACGUGGCAUCGUGCAAGAUCUGGGACGGCCUUGGCUUCAAGCGCAUUGGCCGCGUCAAGGGCUGCGGCAACCUCAAGAGCUACCCGGGCCGCCUGGUCGACGCCAUCAUCUACGGCCGGGACCUGGUGCAGGGCGCCGACGCCGACGAUCUUGUGAGUGAUGACCGUUUCGACAAGAUCAAGUACUACCUCAAAUACGGCGAAUAUCCCAACGGGGCUGACCGCGCCGAGAAAAGCAGACUCCGUAGUGCCGCCACCACCUACAAGCUGCUCGACGGCGACGUCCUCAUGCUCAAGGACAAGGAGGUUGUCUCCAACCCGGACCGCCAGUUCGCCAUCGCCCGCGAGAUUCACCUGCAGCAGCAUGCCGGCAUCAACAAGACCACUGCCACCAUUGCCGAACGCUACCACUGGACCCGCAUCAAGGACACCGUCUCCGACGUCAUCCGCAACUGCACCCACUGCAAGGAGCCCGCCAAGAUUGCCGCCUCGCUUCCGCAGAACAUCCCGGCCGCCGCUGCAGCUGCUCCACCGGUCUCCAACCCAAUGUCUUCAUCCUCCGUCCCGUCUGCCGGUCCUGCAGCCGCCCCUACUUUGCUUUCCUCCGCCAUCUCUUCCGGUGCUGCCACCACUUCCUCUACCACUGCAUCUUCCUCUGCUUCUGCCUCUGCUUGCACUUCCGCGUCUUCUUCCAUAUCUCCCUCCUCUAUCGCCACUGUCGUGCCCUCUUCCACCGUCCCCAUGGAGCAGGACGGCCGGCCGUCCGACGAGUCCACACAUCCACAUGCACACCUACACUCUCACCCACACACGUCGCCACAACCGCCGCCACCACCGCCGUCCGCCUUCGCCGUCACCCCGGACAGCUACAAGGGCAUCCGUGGACCCGUGUCUGCCAUGUCCAUCGGCCAAAUCUUGCGCGCCCCGACAGAGUCUCCUAUACCGCCCCAUGCCGCCCUGCCUGGCCACAACCCCAUGCUUCAGGACCAGCCACGCGGCCUGCAUCCGGCCCAGCAUGGCUCCCGUCACGUUCUCGACGCUAUGCUGCCACUACCUAAUCCUCAUGCGUCUGUCGCCUUUCAGCCCAUCGACCCCAAGAUCAUCAGCCAGCCGUCUCCUCCGGGCCACCCUCACCAUCACCAGCUCCAGCUCCACCACCAACAGCUCGAUCACCAGGCCACACACCACGUCGUCCACAACACUCACACCGUCCACACCCAUCCUGGCUUGGUACAAGCGCACAAUCCUCACCACCACCAGAUGAACCAGCCGCUCAGCCACCACAACCCACACAGUCAACACCACGGAGCCGUUGUCCACAAUGUCGUUCACGGUGACCCGUUCUCCACCUUCCACGACGCCGAUGUCCACAGUCCACAUCACCAGAUGAGUCAGCAUCACCAUCACCACGCUGCGACAGAUGCCUUCACGUCCCUUCUCAAUGCCCCGGACGAUGACGGUAUCGUCAGCAGUGACGGCGGUAGUGGCCCGGGAGGCAGCGGUGGCGGCGGCGGCGGGGGACAGCACCAUGGUGGCCAUGCUCACGACCACAACCAAAUGCACGGCCACCAGCAACACCUAGCCCAUCAAGGGGUGCACGAUCCGCGCAUCGACGACGACGAAGCCGAGCGAGAGGCUGCUGUUGACCGCGACCUGGACAUGUUGCUCGAGCCGCAGGAUGAGGACGAGGACGAGACAAAUGCCGCCAUUAGCAUUGCUGCGGCUCAGCUUGGCAGCAACAGCAACGCCUGCAUGCACGACAGCAACGAUCUUAGAAUUCCUGGAAAUGGCGUGAACAUCAUGAACAGCGAUAGCGGCGCUGGCCACCGCGACGCCGACGGUCUCGCUGUGGACGACAUCAUGGGCGCCAUAACGAUGCACAACGACGACGGUCACGGCCAGAUGCACGUUCACCGGGCUGGUCACGGCAACACCAGCGACAACAGUGGCCACCUGGAUGUCGGCAGUGGCAACGGUGGUGGCGGCCUCGACAACAACAGCAGCAACGUCAAUAACAGCGCCCACAGUCUACGCCCGGGCAUGGACCUAGAACCCGAUCCGGACCCCAUGGGAGCUGGCAUCAAUCGGUUCAUUUCUAAGAUGGACAUCGGACGGCUGUUGUCAUCGGAAGAAGCGGCACGUGACAGCGUGAUGGGUGUCGGUGACAGCGGCAUGGACGAUAUUGGUCGCAGGACGGCCGAGGACGAUCGUUUGGACGAGAUGCAAUUCGGCGGCGCAACGGGAUAA